AUGCGGUGCAUCAUUCUCCACUACCCUGCUGAUGAACAGUGCAUCACCGUCCGGGAUGUGGACCUCUGCACCGACGACGUUUCACGACUCCGACAAGCCUGUGGGGCCAGCAUCUACCCAGGAGCGGACGGCGGUUGCGUCUCCUCCGAUCCACCAUGGCUUUCAUCGCACAGGACCAGGGCGAAUAGGAGACGCUCAUCCACAGAUUGUGACAAGAAUGUGGGGGAGGACGGUGGAGGUGAUGCUACUAUCGACGCCGAUAUUCGCCUGGUCUUUGCGGGCAAGGAUCUACAGAAGGGACGGCCUCUACUGGGAUACGGUCUCCAGGCUGACAGCACCGUACACGUUCUCGGUAGACUCAGGGGAGGGGCUCAACUCGGAAAGGUGGUCAAGGGCCGAAGCCAGGUGAAAAAGAAAGGCGCCGAGAAACCCAAGGAAUACGCAGAGCUGCAGGCCAAGUACGCAAAGAUGCAGGAGAUGGAUAUGGCCAGGUCUGGGGCCAUCGCUGCGAAGGCAGAACUGCGACGCCGUAUCGACAAGGAGGAGAAGAACAGCAAAAUGAAUCGGCUCAAGAUCCAGAACCAGUGGAGAAAAAUCAUGCGGCUGGCGAAGGUGACCAAGAAGAGACCGGGGGGGCUAGUGUUGACGGCCCAAGACCGGGUGGAAAGUCUUCGCAAGGACAUCGAGAUCCUCUCGCAGAACCACGAGCGAGACGUGGACCGAAAGGAUGCCAUCAUUCAGAUGCUUGAUCGAGACCUCGAGGAGGCCGAGGAUCAGUUCCAGACGGCUCUUCGGGCGCACCUCCAGAACAUGGAUCAGCUCAUUGAUUUGCAAGACUCCAGGCUGCUAGCGCUCGAGCAGGAAUUUGAGGUGGAGCUCAAGACGCUGCAACGGGAGUUUGCAGAAGAGCGAAAUCAUGUGGUCAAGCAACACGCGGCGGAGGUGCAAGAGCUGAGCGACAUCAUCGCCGCCGUAGAGGCGCAAGAAGAGGAACGAGAGGCCGACGCAAAGCAGGAGCACGAGCAGCAGCGUGAAGAGAUCCGAAAUAAGAACUUGGAGGAGAUAAACGUCCUUCGCAUCACGCUAGACACUCAAAUCGAAGACUUAGAGCAGCACUUCGAGACGGCACACAUCAACUACCUGCAGAACACGGAUCAACGAACGACGGAUUUCAAGUACCUCACUUCAAAAGAUCAGGAACUAAGCCGGGAAAUCGAAGUCAAGAUACGCAAGAUUGAGCGCCUACAGAGCAGUCUCCAACACUGGCGAACAAAGGUACAAAACCCGAUGCCCCAUUUCACACGAACGCAGAUGCUGCUUGCAGACUGCACGGCCCCCAUUCGACUAUGUAAAUCGAACGCGUGUCAAUCACGGUUCGAAGGAACGACAACAUACAACAAUGCCCAUAGCAUAAGGACGUCCUGA